CAAACAAAUUGUCAACACCCAGUUCAUACACUUGUCAAAAAAGUAACACCACCACCUAACCCAAAACCAAAAGGAAGAGCAGAUUAUUACACUGCCCAAAAAAAGGUAAAAGUAAAUGGCCGCGUCCCCUACAAAGGCCAAAGCGAAACCAAGGAGCAAGCGACACAUCCUCACAUAAACACAGAGACCCAAAUAAAGCAACCAAUCCACACCGCCCAGCGCGCGCUCUCGCUCUCCAACGCACGUACGGACCGACACUCCACGCCACGCGGUCGUCGCGUCGCGUCGAACACCUCGCUCCCGACGACGCCGCCGGGCAAGGCGCCGCGCGAUGAAGCCCCCCGGCCGCCGCGGCAUCCUCGCCGCCGGCGCGUGCGCGCUGCUCCUCGCCGCGUUCUACCUGGCGGCGGCGCUGGUAACGAGGCCGCUGGCGCCGUACCUGCUCCCGCCGCUGGCGCUCUCGCUGCCGUGCCUGCCGGCGGUCGCGGCGCCGUCGGGGUCCGGGUACGCAGCACCGGGCGCGGCGUCGCUCGCCGACGCUGCCGUGGAGUACGCCACCUCGGGGACCGUGCCGCAGCAGUCGCGGGACGAGAUCGCGCUCUCGCUCGCCGUGCUCCGCCGCCGCGCGCCGCUGCGGCUGCUGGUGUUCGGCCUGGGCCACGACUCCAGACUCUGGCACGCGCUCAACCCCGGCGGCGCCACCGUCUUCCUCGAGGAGGACCCCGCCUGGUACCGCGUCGUGCGGGCGCAGUCGCCGUUCCUCCGCGCGCACCUCGUCGCUUACCGCACGCGCCUCGACCAGGCCGACCGCCUCCUCGCCGGCUACCGGAAGCACCCGGCCUGCCUCCCCGGCAGCUCCGGCGGCGGCGGCGGCAACGCCACCCUCCUGCGCGUGCGCGGCAACUGGGCAUGCCCGCUGGCGCUCCACAACCUGCCGCCGGAGGUGUACGAGACGGAGUGGGACAUGUUCAUGAUCGACGCGCCCAAGGGGUACUUCGCCGCAGCGCCCGGUAGGAUGGCGGCGAUAUGGACGGCGGCGGCCAUGGCGCGCGCGCGCCGCGGCGAGGGGGACACCGACGUGUUCCUGCACGACGUCGACCGGAGGGUGGAGAAGGCCUUCGCCGAGGAGUUCCUCUGCGACAGGUUCCGGGUGGGCGGGACUGGCCGGCUCUGGCAUUUCAGGAUCCCGCCCGUGUCGCGGCGCGGGGAUGAUGCGGCGGCGGCUGCCGGCGGUGACCGGAGACCGUUUUGCUGAGACGGUGAGCCUGGUAGUGAUGGUUUCUUCUUUGCAUGUUCCACGUGCAGUGGCCCCUAUUCCGGUGUACUAUAGUAGAGAACCGGAUUCCUAUCAACUCUUCAAUUGUAGUUGCGUUUCUAGAGAAAUGCUCGUUUUUUGUUAGAAGUGAAAGCAGAGUGAUGGAAAUACUCGACAGCUAGAUAGCAAAUACCAAAACAUGUAACUUCUUCCUUUCUGAGUGCAAGUGAGGUUACGGUUUUGAAGAUGAUUUACUAUGUUUAUUUCACGCGAAAUAUGGAAUUUGAACACAUCAUCUUAGGUCCAA